AUGACAAGCAGUGGCGCCGGGGGUGAGAUCACCAGAUCUCGAGAUGGUGUGCCACAGUGGAGUGGCGAUGCGGCAAACUUCCAGGACUAUGAGGAUGCUGCCUUGCUGUGGGAGCAGGGGAUACCAUACCACAAACGGUAUCUAUGUGGACCUAGACUAGUGGGGGAACUUUCUGGCACAGCCAAGAAGUUCGUGCUGGGCAAACGGGCCACGUGGGUGUCUUUUGAAGGAGGAGUACAACACCUCCUUAGCCACCUGAGAGCCAGCCUGGGAAAACCUAGGAUACCUGAACUCUCGGAGAUGCUGAACAAGUACUUCCGUCAGAGCAGCCGCAAGAAGAUGGAGACGAUGAGUGACUACAUCGUCAGGAAGACGGACGUGUACAACAGAGCACGCCAAGCCCUAUCGAGGGUCCAGCAACACUAUGAGUCAGGGUCGCAGUGGAAAGCUCAACAUGGAGAACCACGGUACUGGCAGGACAAUGGCUGGUCCUACGGUCGCUGGCAGCAGUGGCAUAGCUCAUGGCAACAAGAACAAGGACCAGAUCCGUCUGAAGAGAACGAUGCAGACGGAGAACCAGGUCAUAGACAAGGUGACGAUGCGGGGGAAGCUGAGGAGGCGGAAGAGUCCCGCAGCCGUGAGGAGAGCUAUGCAACGGGUCAUGGGCCAUCAGGAUCGUGGUCAGCAUACCGGGGCACCAGUGACAGCUGGAGUCAUACGCAAGAAGCAGAAGCAUGGACCUUGUCUACACCUGAGCUCUUGCCGGACUUCUUGCAGGGCUGGUACAUGCUGACCGACGCAGGACUGGAUAGCCAUGAAAAGAACAUGAUUCAGACAGCCAUCCGUGGGAACUUCAGUGUAGCAAGGGUAGCACAAGAACUACGCAACCAGUGGCCUGAAGAUGAUCUUCGACGCCGAGACCAGAACACCAAACAUGUUGGUUUCUGGCAAGAGCCGGUGAACGAUGAGGAGGUGGAUGAGCCGGAGGCAUUGGGUCUGACGGCUACUUCUCUGCAGCAGCUGGGCAUGAAUGAAGAGGGCAUCGUCUUGAUUGGAGAAGCUGAAGAACAAGUGCAAGAUGCAUUGGCCACCAUGGACCAAGCCAGGAGAACGCUCCGUGAUGCGAGGGCCAAACAACACCAGGUCAAGAUGAGCCGUCAGUACUACAUGAAUGCCCAGAAAGGGAAAAUGAGUUUCCAGGAGAAGUCCAAGACCACGAGCCCUGGCAUCACCUGCUUCAAAUGUGGAGGACCACACAAGAUUGCCCAAUGUCCAGAUCGACAUGCGCCCUCAAAGGCAUCAAACAACAUGGCUGAAGAGAAUGAGGCACCGUUUGUUUGCUUCCACGAGGGUGACCAGUGCAUGGCGAUCACCGAGGUGGGCAGCCGAAAGAGCACAUCUGAGGCCAUUGCGGCCGGGCUGGCUGUGGUAGAUGGAGGUGCCACCAAAACCUUGGCAUCAGUGCAUGCGCUCGAGGCCAUUCAGGAUGGGAAUUUGCAAAGGUAUCAAAAUGAUCGUGUGAUUCAUGUCGACCCCAGCAAUCGGCCUUCUUUUGGUUUUGGGAAUUCUAGUAGAGAUACUUGCUGCAGCACCACCACGCUGCAAGUGACUGCAGAUUCCAAGCCUGGCCAUUUGACCAUCCAUACUUUGGAUCGGGGCACCGGCCCAGUUUUGCUGUCAGUUGAGACUCUGCGCGCCCUUGGAGCGGUUGUGGACUUUCAAGAGGACCUGAUUUGUUUUCGCAGUUUGGACAAAAAUCGAAUCAUUCAGGCUGAAAGUUUUCCAACGAGAGCUGUGGUGAUGUCGCGCCCAACCAAGAAGGUGGAGCUCAUCCAGGCCAUCCGAGAUCUCGGCGAGAAUCCGCCGACCUCUUGGAAUGUGGCCGAACUCAAAGUGCGGCUGACGGAGCUGGAGGAGAACAAGGGCAUCUACCGGCAUCGAGGCAAGACUCAGACACCACUCCAACUCUGGAUGAUCCGUCUGAACGAGGCCAAGAAGAACAAGGCCACCUUGCAGCUGUUCACCAAGGAGACCUUGGGAGUGCCCAUCACGGGCAACGAAGUCAUGGACGAACUCACCCGGAAGUGUGUGGAAAAGAUCUAUGUGGUGAGCAAGCCGGACGGCUCGGAUGGCAUGGGCUUCGGUCGUCACUCCAGCAAGAGCUACAUGGAAGUGCAGAAAACCGACCCAGGGUAUGUAUCCUGGGCACAGAAGACGGUGGCAGAGGGCGAGACUUGUGUUCGUCUGGCCCGCUUUGUCAAGUGGAUCGAGAUGGAGAAACACCCCGAGCACAUGGACACCUAUGCCACAGUGCCACCACCUCUUGUCAGCAAAGUGAAGAAGGAGGAGACCGAGGCAGGCAGCUCCAGCGAGCAACUGCAGAACCAGUUGCUGCAGCAGAUGACAGCAGUGCUCUUAGAGGUCAAGGAAGAGCUGAACAAUUUGAAGGAGGAACGUCCACACAAGCAGCGCAGCGACACGAGUUCGGUGAUGAGCUUCGACAAGGUGGAGCAGGCGAUAAAUCAGCGUAGUCCAGAGCAAGUGCAAGAGCUUCAGGAAAAACGGCGGCAAGCGCUGAAACAGUAUGUGGGUGCCAGUUGCGUGUAUCAACACUGCAUUCAACAGGGCAUCCAUGUGACUUGGGAGUGGGCUGAGCGAUGUCUGGGAUGGCGGUUGCCUCUGAUGCAGAACCUCCAAAAGAAGUAUCAACUUUUCUUUGGGGUGACUCAUGGAUGUCGGGUGGGGCUGAGAGACCAGAAAACUCAGGGUCUGCUGCACAAGGGAUGGAAAUUCAUGACCACUCAACAAUCCAUGGCUGACCUUUUGGAAAGGAGAUGCAAAUGCCCCCCAAACUAUAAGCAUGCGAAGUGUGAGGGGGGUAAUGCGGGAAUGACGGCCUAUUACACCCCCGAAAUGGUGAAACUUGUGUGUCAAGGGAUUUUCAGAGAGAUGACCACUCAGUUGCUGCAGCGGGAACUGGAAGGAAGAAGCUGUCUUCCCACGCGGUUUGGAGAGGGAGGUUUUUGUGUUUGCCAUGACCUCAAACAACAUGACAGUCAUGUGACAUGUGGGUUUUGUUGUCAAGGGGAAUCGGAUAUUGGGAACCACCACCAAGGGGAAGCCAUGAUGCAAAGCCACCUCAAAGGGGAUUUGGGGGACCAUGAAAUCAACAAAAAGUUGUAUCUGUUGCAUGCUGCCACGGGUCACUGUAGCACUAGGCACAUGGUUCAGUCACUCCAACGACGGGGGGUUUCCAAAAGGAUCCUUGACAUGGCCAAAAAUUUCAAAUGUUCCAUCUGUGAUGAAAGCAAGAGGGUUAACCACAAGAAUGUUGCUUCUUUGGAGUCCAUACCCCCAAAACUUUCCAAUGUGAGUGCGGAUGGGGGUAAGUGGUUUCACCCGGGGACCCAAGAAGAAUAUGAGUUUGCUCUGGUCAUUGAUGAGGGGAGUAGGUUCAGGGUUGCUAGGAUCAUGACCCAAGGGAAGAAACAAACCAUGAAUGCGGCUCAGUUCCUUAACUACUUUCAUGAGGGUUGGGUGCAAUAUUUUGGAUGCCCCAAUGUGUUGCGGUUGGAUCCCAGUGGUGCUUUUCGUAGUUUAGCGGUUGAACGUUUUUGUGAUGAAAAGGGUGUUUUUCUGGAUGUGAUCCCAGGGGAGGCUCACUGGAAAAAUGGUAUCUGCGAAAAAGCAAUAGAUAGCGUGAAAACCGUUAUGACCAAAUUGGCUCAAGCAGACCACACCAUUAGCGCUGCAGGAGCGCUCUCAGAGGCCAUACGCACCUGCAAUCAACGUGAACUGAUCCGUGGGUACUCACCCACCCAGCAUGUCCUAGGUAGAGCACCUGAUGAGACUGGAAGAUUCGUUCACAGUUUGACAGGUCAACAAGUUGACAAUCUGCUGAACAACCCAAGUGAAGAAUUUGAGAAGGACAUCCACCGACAAAAAGUGGCUGAACAAGCCCUUGCAGAAUGGCAAGCCCAGGAACGCAUCAAAAGAGCUUUGAACUCCCGGGCCCGGAAGGUUUAUGACUACCGUCCAGGCGACAUGGUGUACUUCUGGCGGAAACAGGUGAAAAGUCAAGCUGCAGGGAAGAAUGGCAUGUUUUUAGGACCAGCCAGGGUACUAGCUACUGAGUCAAAGCGGAAUGACCAGGGAGAAUUAGCAGCUGGGAGCUCCAUCUGGUGUGUCCGUGGCCGGCGUUUGAUCAAAUGCUGCCCUGACCAGUUGCGGCGAGCAUCUGCCCGAGAGGAGCUGUUAGAGCACAUAGCUGAUCCACAACAUGAGGACGCACCCUGGAAUUUUCCGCGCGUGGCAUCAGAGCUUGGGGGAAAUGAGUACUGGGAUAUCUCCAGUGAUAUCCCAACUGAGGAAGAUUGGAAGAUGGCACAAGAUCCAGCGUCCUCAGCACAACCUUCCCGGAGGCAUUCCACCAAGCGGCCAGCUCCCUACAGUGCCGUGGCCCCAGGCCGCCCAGGGCGCCAAACACCACAAAAUGCCUCCAUGACAGUGGAGGAGCCAGCCGAGGCAUGGUGGACCAUGAUAGAAACUGAGUGUGCAACUACACCAGAAGGAGAAGCCUUCUGGUCAGAAGAAGGUGCCAGCGUUGAACUGUCAAUUGACAUGCCCACCAGCAAACGAGGUAUACAGCACUUUGUCAAUGACAUUGAGGGUUUCUUUAUAGGAGCACUCAAAACAAGAGCCAUUGAAGUCAACGAAAAACGACUGUCACCGAAAGACUAUGAGGCUUUCCAGGAAGCCAAACAGAGUGAAGUACGAAACUUUGUGGCGGCAAAAGCGUUUGAAGCUCUUCCUCCGGAGUUGAGACCACCCCUUUCCAAGACGAUUGGAAUGCGGUGGAUACUCACAUGGAAGACCAAAGAAGAUGGUAGCUUUAAACCAAAAGCCCGAGCGAUUCUGAAAGGGUAUCAGGAUCCCAACUACGAAUUUCGUGCAACAACGACGCCGGUCAUGACCAAACAGACACGGCAGUUUGUCCUACAUGAGACAGCACGACGAGGCUGGCGUGUGAAAAAGGGCGAUGUGACAGGAGCCUUUUUACAAGGACGAACCUACCCAAGUGAACUAUACUGCAUACCCUGUCCAGAGAUCCUUGAAGCUAUGGGUUUGGGAAAAGAGGAGAUCGUCAAGGUCAAGAGAGGCUGCUAUGGACUGGUGGAUGCUCCACUAGAAUGGUACCGCAGCAUUUCAGAGUACCUCCAAAGUUUGGGAUUGGUGAAAUCCUGGGCUGACCCAUGCUGUUGGUUUUGGAAGCCACAAGGGGAACUACGUGCGGUGGUAGCUGGACAUGUGGAUGAUUUUCUUUUCUCUGGGUCAGAAACAGACAGCGAGUGGAAAGCUAUCGAACAGAAGAUACAACAACAUUUUCGCUGGUCAGACUGGGAGGAAAAUACAUUCACUCAGUGCGGUGUGCUUAUUGAAGCACAGGUCGAUGGGAGCUUUCAUUUGUCACAGCCCCAUUACAUGGACAAGGUCAAUGAAAUCAACCUGAGUGCCACGAGAAAAAGAGAGCUGCAUAGCCCUACAACAGAACAUGAGAAAGGACAGCUUCGCUCCGUUCUUGGGGCCAUAAGUUGGCAUGCACAACAGGUAGCUCCACAUUUUUCAGCUGAGGUAGGAUUACUUUCGUCCGAGGUAACAGUUAGCACAGUUCAGACAGUGGUCAAAACAAACCAACUGUUGCAAGCAGCAAAGGCAAGGCGAAAUCACAAAAUGGUGGUACACGCCUUUCCCCAGGAAACAAACCUGGGGCUAUAUGCGUGGUGUGACGCCGCGGGUCAAAACAGGAGGGAUGGUGGUAGCACUCAAGGAGUUUUCAUAGGAAUAGCACCCAUGUCUCUGUCCAAUGGUCAUGUGGAGAAAGUGACUCCAAUUGGAUGGUUAGCUGGCAAAAUAGAUAGAGUGGCAAGGAGCCCAGGUGCAGCUGAGGCAAAAGCAACGGUUUCUGGAGAGGACAUGCUUUUUCAUGCACGCUAUCAAUAUGGUGAGUUUUUGGUUGAAUCCCCCAACAUUUUUGAUGUGGAUGGUACUGCUAAUGUUGUUCCUGGUUGUGUUAUUAGUGAUUCCCGAAAUCUUUUUGAUAAGUUGAACACUGAAGAGUUGAGUACCAAAGGAGCUGAACGUCGUACAGACAUUGAACUUUUGUGCAUCAAGUCGUCGCAGCGAAACAAUGGGCUCGAAGUGAGAUGGGUCCACAGUGAGGCUCAAUUGAGUAAUGCACUCACAAAAAGUGGUGCCAAAGAACUAGACCUGUAUUACCAAAUGGGCCAUCGAUGGCGAAUCGUUCACGACCCAAAGAUGAUGUCAGCAAAGAAAAGGAAAAGCCAGGGCAUAACAACCUUUGAGCAGGAAACCGAUCAAGAUCACAUGAAGCACCCUUUUUGA